GUGCUUCUGUCAGUGUGAACACUGAGUUUACAAUAAUGAACUCAACAGAAGAGAAACCAUCUAAAGCUAUGGAGUGCAAAAAGAGCUUAAACUGGAGCAAAACUCUUAGGAAACAUCAACAAACUCCCAAGGGACAGAAACCAGUUAAAUGUAUGGAGUGUGGUAAGAGCUUCAGUGCAAAUGAAAACCUUAGACUGCACCAAAGAACUCACACUGGGGAGAAACCAUAUAAAUGUGUAGAUUGUGGAAAGAGCUUCAGUCAAAGUGGAAAUUAUAGAACACAUAAAAAAACUCACACAGGGGAGAAACCAUUUAAAUGUAUGGAAUGUGGAAAGAGCUUUGGUCGUAGGGAUACCCUUACAAUACAUCAGCGAACUCACACAGGGAAGAAACCAUUUAAAUGUAUGGAAUGUGGAAAGAGCUUCAGUCAAAAUGGAAACCUUAGAUCACAUCAGAAAACUCACACGGAGAAUACAUUUAAAUGCAUGGAAUGUGGAAAGAGCUUCAAUCAAAGUGGAAGCCUUAGAUUACAUCAGAAAACUCACACAGGGGAGAACCCAUAUAACUGUAUAGAGUGUGGAAAGAGCUUCAGUCAAAGUGGAAAUUAUAGAACACACCUAAGAACUCACACAGGGGAGAAACCAUUUAAAUGUAUAGAGUGUGGAAAGAGCUUUGGUCACAGUGGAACCCUUAGAACACAUCAACGAAUUCACACAGGGGAUAAACCAUUUAAAUGUAUGGAAUGUGGAAAGAGCUUCACUUCAGCCAAAAACCUUAGACUGCACAAAAUAACUCACACAAGGGAGAACCCAUAUAACUGUAUAGAGUGUGGAAAGAGCUUCAGUCAAAGUGGAAAUUAUAGAAGUCACCAAAGAACUCACACAGGGGAGAAACCAUUUAAAUGUACAGAGUGUGGAAAGAGCUUCAGGAAUAGUGGAAACCUUAGACUGCACCAAAGAACACACACAGGGGAGAACCCAUAUAACUGUUUAGAGUGUGGAAAGAGCUUCAGUCAAAGUGGAAAUUAUAAAAGACACCUAAGAACUCACACAGGGGAGAAACCAUUUAAAUGUAUGGAGUGUGGAAAGAGCUUUACCCGUAGUGGAACCCUUACAUUACAUCAGCGAACUCACACAGGGAAGAAACCAUUUAAAUGUAUGGAAUGUGGAAAGAGCUUCACUUCAACCGAAAGCCUUAGACUGCACCUAGGAACUCACACAGGGGAGAAACCAUUUAAAUGUAUGGAGUGUGGAAAGAGUUUCAGUCAUAGUGGAACCUUUGCAAGCCAUCUACGGACCCACACAAAGGAGAAACUAUUUAAAUGUAUGGAGUGUGGAAAGCGCUUCCGUCAAAGAGUACACCUUAAGAAUCACCAGCGAACUCACACUAGAGAAUAGCCAUUUAAAUCUAUGGAGUGUGGAAAGAGUCUCGGUCAAAGUGGACAUUUUAAAGAUACCAGAGAACAUUCAUAGCAGGAAAAAAAAGCAUUUAUAUGUGAGGAUUGUGUGUGCGAACAGCUUACUGAUAGUGGAGCACAUAGAAAACAUCAAUAGACGUACACCAGCGAGAAAUCAUUUAAAUAUAUGGAGUAUGGAUAGAGCUUCAGUCAAGAGUGAAACAAUAGUGAACUUGCAUGGGAAGAAACCAUUUAAAUGCAUGGAGUGUGGAAGGAGCUUCAAUUUUACUGCAGAUCUUAAU